GGAACGUAUUUAAAAUUGGACAUGCACUGUCCCGAAACGUCGUUUUUAGCUCCAAACAAAAACAAAUUAAUUUUAAACAAAAAAAGCUACGUCUACGUGUUUCUUAAAGGAGAAUUCGAUGAGCUGUGCCUUAUAUAAGAAGCUACUAUAAUAUAUUAAAUAUAGAUUAGACCGAGAAAGGAAUAGAUCUAGAUCUAGGUUUCAAAGAGUCUCUAUUUUAUUUAUUAAAUGUCACUUGAUUUAGAAAAAGCUCACGAACCUCGUGAUGUGGAUAUUUCUGCGGCUGGAAGAGGUGUUUGGCUUGUUAAGGUUCCUAAGUAUUUGUCAGAGCAGUGGAAAACAUGUGCAAAUGGAACUGAAGUUGGGAAACUAAGGAUCUCAAAACCAAGAGUCUCCAGUAAACCAGAUAUUGUUUUCACAAGUUUUGAUGUCUCUAAAAAAGCUGGUCCUGUUCUUGAUAGUAAUGGACUUAUAAUGCCAACCACCUCCACACUUCCAAAGAAACCAACCAUGGUGGGGUCCAAAAACCAUAAAUUCAUUGUCACAAAUGUCGGAAAUCAAAAUCUUGUUGUUAUGUCACAGUUAAAAACAGAAAUUCCUGGUAAAGAUACUUAUACAGAAAGGAUUAGUGUAGAAGGCAAAGUAGUGCAGCGAGCAGAGUGCCACCCAAUUGUUGAUGACCAGUACAAGCAGCUCAAAAAAGAUCAAGUUCAAGCUCAGAAUACACCACAGAGGCAAGUCAAGUUGUUAACAACCAUUGUUCAGUCAUACAAACCAGUCAACGAUCAUAUCUCUAAUGAAGAGAGAAAGACAAAGAAAGUAGAAAAAAGAUCUCGGGCGGAGAAAGAGAAAGUGAUGGAUGUUCUUUUCAAUGCUUUUGAAAAGCACCAGUUUUACAAUGUCAAAGACCUUGUAGGAAUCACCAAGCAGCCAGUGCCCUAUUUGAAAGAGAUUCUCAAAGAGAUUUGCAACUACAACAUGACUGCCCCUCACAAGAACAUGUGGGAACUCAAACCAGAAUUUAGACAUUAUAAAUCCCAUGAUGAAACCACAUAGUUAACAAACAUGCUGUGUGUGUGUUUUGUUUGUGCUUGUCUUUUGUUUUCUCAUGGGAUGGGAAGGUUGUGGUGGAAAAUGAUGGUGUGUCUUUCUUUGUUUUUACUUACACCAAAAAAAAAAAAAGCAAAUAAUAAAAAAUAUCUGGUAUAAAAAAA